AUGAAACAUCAUGUGGAGCUGGCGAAGCUGGACGUGUUGCAGCGGGAAAUUUGUAGAUUUACCUUCUUUUACAAGAAAGGAGUCCGAGUACAUGGCAAAGCAGCAGAAAGAGUCGUAUCAAGUGCUUCCACCUCGAAGUCCAAACUGAACAAUUCCCAACUCCUCAGCGCAACCUGCAGCCUCCCUCUGGCAACGGCAGAGAGUUCUGCCAAGAUAUUGGUGGCGAACCACCGAAGCGGACGACGACCCGAGCAGAGCCCCGCGACGAUCAUCGCGGACGGAGAGCUCGUGAGUCCUGCCGUUGCUACCCCAAGCAUCAUCCCCAUCGUCGAACACCAGGAGCAGGCUCGGCAGCUGGUUGGGGACGACGCGGAAGAAGGGCUGGUGGUCUCAACAACGAAUUCCAACCCGGAAGCUCCUGCCUUUCACGAUGCAGUCGUAGAAGACCCUGCUGUCGUGGAGUUAGCUCCGGGGGGCGUUGCUACGUCAAUGGAGAAAACGCCAUUGUCAAUUGACAAGGUGGUGGUGUCUACUGCAGCGAUUAGUAUAGUCGUUUCCUCUGCCAAAGAUGAAAGGAGCAAUAAUGGCAUGACGGAAGGAGUUGGUGACCUUGACUCCUCUUUUGUUGUUCCGCCCAAGAAGAAGGAGAGAGAAAACGUCACGGCGGUGGCCGAAGAAGAAGAUCGUGUGGUCCAGGCCACUGUUUCCGGUGAUGGGCGAGCAUCCUUCUCCGAACUGGAAGAAAGGGCUGGGGGUGAGGGGAGCGGAUCAACUCUAAGUUGCCGACCAAACUGGCGAUUCAGGAAGAAGGAGGAAGGACCACCCUCUCCACUGGCCCUGGCGAGGGAGGAUCGGGACACCAGGGCGCCGGGAUCUUGUGCCGCUGAUCCGGUCAAGCGAUUGAAAUUCUCUCCAAUGGCCGCUUCGUCUCCCGAUGAGGUGCGCCGGGUGAUGAGGCCAUCGUUUGCUCGAGUGGCAAACUGGAGGUUCGUGAAGAAGGAGCCAGGAGUCCAAUCAAAGCUGGCGGAGGCCCACUACGGGGCUGAUCGGCAGCGCGAAGCGAAGACUGCGCUGUGCUACUUGCUUGAACCGUCGGAACUUCGAAUCAGGUGCAGAAAGCAGCGAUUGGCGGGGGUCUCCGUCACGUCGAGGGAAUGGAAGGAGAAGUCAAGGGCGGAGCCGGUGGAGGAAGCAGCCCCGGAGAGGGAAAAGACGACGACAAGACCGAUGGAGACGUUAGCCACCGGGGGAAAGAAGUCGGAGGUGAGUUGGCAGCCACGCCGCCUUGAGGUUUGUUCCCUGGAGUGGCCGCGGGAGGAGUUGGAGAAGGAGCAGCAGACGACUGACAAGGAGGCGGCGCCAAGGAUGAUGAUGGAAGCGGGCGGAACCUCCCGCCAGGUGAGCGGGUCGCCGCCGGGAAAAUCGAAGGAGUUGGCAAAGAUGGAAGUCUUGUCGCCGGUGAUGGAAGUGUCGAGGAAGUUAAAGGAGGAGGUUGGCGGUGGCGGUAUCCUUCCCCUCGCAAACUCUAAGUUGCCCACUAAGGAUUGCGAUACGCAAAAGCAGCAGGGGCGGGCUGGAAUGAGCCGAGAUGCUAGGUGGAGCGGGCUGGCAUUUGAUGAUAGAAGUAUUGAUGGGCUUUUGUUGGUCCGUGAGGACUGUAAAGAACACCUUGUGCAGAUUGGUGGGAAGAAAAGGGAAGGUUCCAUGGAAACUGGAAUUCGAGCGACCUUCCAACUAUAUGACCUUUUGUGCGUUGAUGUUGUCAUAGGAACGGAGGAGGGUGGCAAGAGAAUAAGUGCUUUGCUGUCGUUUGGAGCUACUGGGAAGUUUGAGAUGCAUCCGAAACAGCACAAGUGA